CAGAGGAAGGAGGAGAAAAAGAUCCUCUCGCUUUAGCUGUCCUCAGUUGCCAUCUUGUCUUAACCAGAGUUUCUUAGGCAAGGAAUCGGCGCAGAAAAGGGAAAAGGAAACCUCUCAUGGCUACACUGAACAUGGCAAGUUUUGUGCUGAGCCCAAGCAUUGGCUCCAACGCAAGCUCCUCCACUGCUAGGAGCAUUGCCUAUUUCCCUAGGGACGCCAACAGCCGGUCCGCGAGGAGGCUCGUGGUGCGGGCCGCGGAGGGGGAGGCGGCGCCGCCGGCGGCCACCACCACGGAGGCUCCGGCCGAGGGCGAGGCCAAGCCCAAGGCCGCAAAGCCCCCUCCGAUUGGACCCAAGAGGGGCACUAAGGUGAAGAUCUUGAGGAGAGAGUCUUACUGGUUCAAGGAUGUGGGAUCUGUGGUCGCAGUUGAUCAGGACCCUAAGACGAGGUACCCGGUGGUGGUCAGAUUCCAGAAGGUCAACUACGCCAACGUAUCGACCAACAACUACGCGUUGGAUGAGAUUAUUGAAGUCUAGAUGCUUGCUUUGUAAGAUCCAGGAUUUAUAUGAUACCGUGUGUUUGUAAUAUCCUCUCCAUUUCUCUUCCUCCACAGUCAAUCUAACUCAUCGAUGAGUGCCUUAUUAGAUCGA